AUGACCUUCCUCGCCGGGGCACCAUUGAACGGCUACGUCCUCUUCAUCAUCAGCUGCCGUGUGGAGAGGACGGCCAGCGCAGUGUGGUUCCUGAACUGGGCCAUGUCCGAUUUCAUCUUCAUCCUCUGCCUGCCCCUCAGAUUCGUCUUCGUCUACUUCUUGCACAUAGACUGGGUCAGGAGGCUGAGCAGCACCAUCACCUCCCUGCACAUGUUCUCCAGCGCCUUCCUCUUCACGGCUCUCUGUGUCCAUCGCUGCGUCCUUGCGUCCUGGCCUGACUGGGCCCAGAAACACCACACGGCAUCCCUCGCCUUCUGGAUGGGUCUGGUUACAUGGGCCCUGUCUGCUGGGUUCAGCUGGCGGUAUGAUGACCUCUGGGAAUCCCUCUUCCCACCUGCCAGUCCCAGCAUGAAUUUCCGAGUGGAUCCAGGGAGGGUGAAGGAUGCCAUCGUGAUCCAGUUCUUGGUUGGAUUCCUGAUCCCAUUAGCCUUGAGCCUAAUCCCAACCUUCUGCAUCGUUCUCGCUGCCAGGCUGGGAAGGAACCGGCCGAUCCAGGCCACCCAGCCCCUCAAGAUCCUUCUCAGCUUGAUCCCGACCUUUUUCCUUUGCUGGCUGCCCUAUCACGUCUUCUACGUCCUCUGGAUUUCAGCUCCGUACCAUCUGCCUCUCAAAGUCACUGAAAGCACUUUGGCUUGUGUUCUAGCUCCAGUAUAUUUCUGUUGUUGCCUCAGUCCCAUCUUCUACCUCACCAUGGCGGAAGAAUUUCGGGGGUUCCGGAAACAUGCUCACAACCCCCAAACCACCGACCACUCGGGGCUAGAACUGGCAACUAGCCCCAUCCCUCAGCUCCCUCCCACGAGGUAA